AUGCCAUUUUCCAAUAUUGAAUUCGUUGCUCGCCUUCACUCGAAUUGCUUGUUGGUCUUGGUUUGUUGUUUGGAAGUGGAUGUUUCCUCUGUCUUUUCAUCGUCGCCACUAUCUGUACAACCACAGUCUAAUCAAGUAGAGAUGUUUGUUGACAACCUCUAUACCUUUUCGUGUCAUAAAAGUCGAUCGUUUAUGAGAGUGAUAAGCUGUCCAAUCACAGUCUCUGGUUUACCAUUGACAUCACCUGUUACCUUUGUUGCAUUAAUACUAUUAAACAUUCGUAACAGCUUGUACACCAACGAGACCAUUCAUCAACUCAUUCAUCUGCCCUCAUGCAGUGAUCUUUUCUCUAGAGGAUCACAUGUAACAUCGUCUCGAAACCAAAUGAUCUAUAUGGAUUGCGCUUCCAUCGCCACUGAAGAGGAAAGAACCAAACUCUUUGUAUCUUUCUUCAAGGUCAAAGUCUCCCCAUCGUUCUUUAGAAUCAUUGGAAAAAGAGAUGUGGUUGGAGGACCAAGAUCUAUAGCCAUGUCUCACUAUUUGGUUCUAUCAUUGCAUUCAAGAUGUUGGUUGAGCGCCUCCCAAAUGCCUUUUCACCGCAAUCAAGUGAAUCUCUUUGAUACACGUGAUAAAAGAAAGGACUCUUCUCCUUCUUUGUCCACCCAACAACAAAAGAAAAGCAAGGUUGAUGCCCGAGAAACCAAGGAACAACAAGUCCCAUCAGAGAAACCAAAGCCUUUUGCACUCUGGAGCACACCAAUGCCAAUAUCGGCCGAAUAUGACUAUGAUCAUAAAGUCGCUAUCAAAAGAAAAGAUGGAGAGGAAUUCAAUCAACCGUUGGUCUUUCAAAGUGGGGCUGAUGCUAUGAAGUGGUGUAUAGAUCCUCUGCUUUAA